UUGAUAAGUAUGUUAAUUUCAUUAGGUUAAUAAUGAUAGAUGGGAUACAAAUAGUAUUUGCGAACAAAUCCUAAUGCAUCAGUGGUAGCUAAUUAAAGCAUAUCAUUUAUUAUUGCUUGUAUGUUUUUAUAGAUCUUAUGGUUCUUGUCAUUUUACAUAUAUGUUACUAAUGAUUAUGAAACUAUUUAUCAUAUGUUCUUAGUCAACAUGAUUAUUUGAUCCGAUUUUGAUGUUUCAAUUUUUUUUUUUUGUACAAGGUCCAUGAUCUAUGUUUACCCUAUUGAUAAUAUAAGUUUUAGUUUUGUCUCAUUUAUAUAUGUGCCUAUUGGCUUAUAUGUUUUCAUAGAUCUUAUGGUGCUUAUCAUUUUACAUUUUAUGUAACAAUUGAUAAUAUGUUUAUGGAUCUUUUUUUAUGUUAGCAGUUUUAUUUUCCAUCUAUCUCAAUAGAUUUAUCUACUUGAUCGUUUAGAAAUAGUGUGUUGUGUUCUCAUAUAUAUCAGAAUUACAGAUGUGGCUAUUGAUAAAUUACGUGAAUAGCCCAAGAGGGCAUUACAAUGUUUAGAUAGGUCCAAGAUUGUUUUGAUUUCAUUAACAUGAAUGAUAAAGCCCAAGAGGGCGUUCCUCAGUUCAGUCACGCCGGAGUACCUUGACUCUGCCAGGUCGAAAUCCGUUACCGAGACCUUGGAGAUAGACGAGCGGUACCCUAAUUCGUGUUAUCUUUAGUCUACAUCCUUUUAUUAUUAUUAUUAUUAUCGAUAAGCUCUAAUUCAGAAAGUUUUAUUCCUAUUUUGAUGAACUCUUGAGGUAUCAAUGUCGCUGAAUCCCCCUACCAGGAUAAUCUUCUUAAGAAGAAAGAAAAUCACAGAUUUUUUGCUCAAAUCCCUGUGUCCAUUGACUCUUGUUUCAUCGGGUGCUUUGAUUUCGCAUUGGAAAUUUGGUGAGUACACAUCUCUGUACCCAUAUGAGAGUUCAUGGAUCAUUACUUUCCAAGGGACUCUCAACCUGGGUGCUACUCUGAUAUUGGCAGAAAAGCAAGAGAUCUUCUGUUUGAAGACUUUCCUGUGUGCAGUAAAUUUCGUCUAGAUAAGCACCCUUUCUCUGCCUAUUUGACCCAUCAAAAUGAUUUGCUUGCUAUCAGUCCAAAUGACAUAUUUCUUGGGGAAGGGCGAUUUUCUUGGUCUGUCAAAAGUGUGACUAAUGAAUUCACCAUUCGUACUAACUCUACUCUGGCUUUCAAAUCCACAAUUAAUCAAAUUGCCUUCAGAGUUCUUCCCGGUUUGUCCGCAGUAUCAGAAUUUGACACUGCAAUUGCUAAUUCUGGCAAGUUACAAGUGCAAUUCAUGCACGAUUAUGCUAGCUUUAAAGCUAGCAUUGGAGGAUUAUUUCAUGACACCAAUAUCGGUGUUUCUUCGGUAAUUGGCACGAAGAAUCUUUCCUUGGGAUUAGAUUUGCUACUCCAUACAAACAACCUUAAUGUCACAAAGUUUGAUGGAGCUUUUGCAUAUACGACCGCAGAAAGGAGGACGUCGUCUAUUGCUAUGAAUGAAAUGGCGCAUGUGUUAGUGGCAUCGUAUCAUCAAUUGGUCAACUCCGACACGUCUUUUGGGGCUCAGUUUAGGUACUCCUUCAUCGACCAAGUACCUGUUCUUACCUUGGGUGUGGAACAUAGACUUGAUCCACACCUUUGGUUGAAGGCUCGAGCUGACAACACUGGACAAGUUAGUGCCAUUUUUCAGUGGUAUUUCAUGAGGGUGUUGGGAGAGUUCAGACCUGCCUAUUUGCCUAGGAUUGGAUUGGGUAUUGCCCUCAGCUUCUGAAACUCUUACAAAAUAGCAAAAACAUCUUCAGUGCCUCCUCAUCUGAUCAUCUAUGUUUAGUCUUUGUAAUUCUCUUUUAUUAUCUUGGUUCAAGUAUGACAAUUUGUUCUAUUUUGACAUUUAGUAUUCUGUAAACUGUGAUUUCUUACUUUGUUUAAGAAUCUCUUUAGUUGGCAAUUAUAUCUUAUGUGAAUAUAUUACUGGUAA